AUGACUGAAGCUGAAAAAUCUCUACGCGUUCUUUUGGAUAAAAUUCUUGAUGAACGAGAUAUUAAGUCAAGAGAAAUAAACGUAAAAGAAAUAGAAACGAAUGGAGCAAAUUACACAUCAGCUCUUUUUUCUGUAAAAGUUCAAACACCGAAUGAGGAAUUAAAACUGUUUGCGAAGGUUGCUACAAUCGGCAAAGAGAUGAGGGCUGCGAUGAAUGCUGAGUGGAUGUUCGACACAGAAAGAUUCGUAUAUAACAAACUAGCACAUCUCUACAAUGAUAUACAAAAAGACUUAGACGACGAACACAAAUUUAUAUUUCCAGAAUAUUACGGAUGCAAUGAUGAAUUUGGCAAAGAGUCAAUAGUUAUGGAGAAUUUAGUUGAACAUGGUUACAAACCAUACAAUCGUUUUAAAUCAAUGGAUUGGCAACAUGCCGAGGCUAGCGUUAGGAAUCUGGCGAGAUUUCAUGCUCUGUCCUUUGCUUUAGAAAAAAAAGAUCCUGAAAUGUUUAAAAAAUUUACAGAUAAUAUGGAAUUUGAUAUGGUGAAGAAAGAUGACCCAUCAUCUAAAAGUAUGUUUGUGAAAAUGGCAGAAAAACCUCUUGAAAUAUUAAGUAACGACCAGAGGGAUCUAGUUAAAAAAUUUCUGGAUCAAGAAAAUCUCAUGACCAAGUAUACUAAACCAUUCGGCAGACCUGUUCUAUGUCACGGAGACUAUAGAUUAAGCAACAUAUUAUUUAAAAGGAAGGGUCAUGGUCUGAAGUUAAAGAUAGUGGAUUACCAGACGGUGUAUGCGGGAUGCCCUGUGGCGGACCUAGUAUACUUCAUAUUCCUCGGCAGCGACGAAAAUUUCCGCCGUUUAUUUUAUGAUAACCUAAUUAAUCAUUACUACAAGUGUCUACAAGAGGCCCUCGAAAGGUUGGCCGUAGAUCCAAUGGAAGUAUAUCCAAGGGAAAAAUUUGAUAGUGACUUAAAAGAGUUAUUACCUUACGCAUUGGUAAUCGCCGUGAUUGCCUUACCGGUAGUGACCGUCAAUCCUGAUUUAGCACCGAAAAUGGAGCACAAUGACUCAUCAGCCUUCGUGAUAGAACCGAACAAGUUGUUUGAAGAGAGAUUUAAGGGAAUCGUGAAUGAUGUGAUUAAAUUGGGAGCAAUAUAA